AUGAUUAAGUGCAUCGUUGAGGGCGAUGACAAUGGCACCCUCAGUGCAGUAACCAAUCAGAUAUUCCCGGUUUGGACGUACUCGUACCUGGCAGUGCUGGUUCCCGUCUUCCUUUUCACAGAGUGGCUACGUUACAAACCUGUGGUGGUCUUCCAGUGUUUAGUCCUGUUCUCCACCAUGGCGAUGUUGCUGUGGUGUAAUGGUGUACCAGAGAUGCAGGCCAUACAGUUCACGAGCGGAUUGGUGACAUCGUGCGACGUUGCUUACUUCACGUACCUCUACAGUGUGGUGGAGUUGAAGCACUACCUGAAAGCCACCUCAUACUGCCGGACAGCCCAGCUGCUGGGCAACACCGCUGGUUCAGUGUUGGGCCAGAUCCUAGUCUCUUUUGAACUGAUGUCCUAUAACUACAUUCUAGUGUUUACACUGGUUCUCACUGCCAUUGCACUGAUCACCUCCAUUCUUCUCCCAAUGCCCAAGACAAGUAUGUUCUUCCACCAAAGGAGGAGUGCUAGUGGAGAGACUGAUGGUGAAGGGUAUGCUGAGACAGAGGAGGAACUUCAGAACAAUGGCCAAAAAGAUGGCGUAGAGUUGAAUGGAUCCAAACAACUGCAGCCAAUACCGGAAGGUUCUGGUAAUUGUGAUAACAGAAAAAAUCUAAAUGGGGUGCAAUUCUGCUGUCCAUAUGAUAUCCCAGGUGGCUGUGGUGAUGUUCUGCUCCGAUUGGUGUGGGACUUCCUGCAGUGUUUCUCCUCAAAUAAACUGCUUGUCUGGUCAGCGUGGUGGGCGCUAGCUACCGGUGGCUACUACCAGAUAAUAAACUACGUCCAGUUGCUGUGGGAGUAUGUGGAGCCGUCUAGUAACUUCGCGGUCUACAAUGGAGGAGUGGAGGCUCUCUCAAACCUGUUAGGUGCCGCGGCGGCGUAUGGCAUCAGUUUUUCAUCUGUUGACUGGUCUCGCUGGGGUGAGGUGGCUCUGGGCACGCUCUCGGCGCUGGAAGGUGGCGCACUCUUCGCAAUGGUCUUCAGCGCCAACAUCUGGGUCUGCUACUGUGGCUACAUCAUCUUUAAGAGCCUCUACAUGUUGCUCAUCACCAUCGCCAUGCAAGUCCUGUUCAAAAUACGUGACUUCUUUUAAACUCCUGCUCAGAUUAUAUUUAUUAGAAAUCAAGUUAGAUGUUAUCAUGGACAGACUUUUUGCUGAAUAUAACCUAUCCCUGCUUCAAAUUAAUUGCAUAAUUACAUGAUAAACAUUCAUGAAAGUGUACAUUACCUUAUCUGACCCCUUGCUGGUUUCAUCUU